CAGUAAGUGAUGAUGAAAAAUGUCAGUGUAUAUUAUUAUUAACGUUAUAGAUAUAUGAUAUAUUUUCUGCACAUACUUCAACCAAAAAAGAGAAGUGCUGAUGAAGUGCUUAUUUUUGUAUAAUAUGAAUUGACAUUUUUCAUUGCUAACUCCACAGUUUAAAAUUAUUUUUAACUCUUGUCAGAAAUAAUUAUGCUUCUAUGGGUGAAACUAGCGUAAAUGAAGGUAGUAUACAGUCCACAGCUAUGAGUAGUACGUGCAUGUACAUGCAUGAAUUUAGCAUAAUUGUACCUCAGUACACAAGAACUCACAAUCACACUAGUUGAGUCUUCCAGUUAAUAAACCAAAGUGUAUUGCACAAACAAAUGUAAAUUCUACCAUAUAGGAGAAUAGGUAGAGGUAUAUUUAUAUAGGUAUAGAACAGGGGUGGUUAACGUCUGGUCCGCGGGCAGUAUGCAGCCAGGAAAAUCACGUGAUCCGACCCACCAUGGUUGUUAUAGACAACUUGUACUGAAGUUAGUAUACAGUCCACAGCUAUGAUAUAGACAACUUGUACUGAGGGUAGUAUAAAGCCCACAGCUAUGAUAUAGACAACUUGUACUGAGGGUAGUAUAUAGUCCACAGGUAUGCUAUAGACAACUUGUACUGAGGGUAGUAUACAGUCCACAGCUAUGAUAUAGACAACUUGUACUGAGGGUAGUAUAAAGCCCACAGCUAUGAUAUAGACAACUUGUACUGAGGGUAGUAUAUAGUCCACAGGUAUGCUAUAGACAACAUGCUUGUACUACUUGCACUGAAGGUAGUAUACAGUCCACAGCUAUGCUAUAGACAACUUGUACUGAGGGUAGUAUAUAGUCCACAGGUAUGCUAUAGACAACAUGUUUGCACUACUUGCACUGAAGGUAGUAUACAGUCCACAGCUAUGAUAUAGACAACUUGUACUGAGGGUAGUAUAAAGCCCACAGCUAUGAUAUAGACAACUUGCACUGAAGGUAGUAUACAGUCCACAGCUAUGCUAUAGACAACUUGUACUGAGGGUAGUAUAUAGUCCACAGGUAUGCUAUAGACAACAUGCUUGUACUACUUGCACUGAAGGUAGUAUACAGUCCACAGCUAUGCUAUAGACAACUUGUACUGAGGGUAGUAUAUAGUCCACAGGUAUGCUAUAGACAACAUGUUUGCACUACUUGCACUGAAGGUAGUAUACAGUCCACAGCUAUGAUAUAGACAACUUGUACUGAGGGUAGUAUAAAGCCCACAGCUAUGAUAUAGACAACUUGCACUGAAGGUAGUAUACAGUCCACAGCUAUGGUAUAGACAACAUGUACUGAGGGUAGUAUACAGUCCACAGCUAUGCUAUAGACAACUUGCUUGUACUACUUGUACUGAAGUUAGUAUACAGUCCACAGCUAUGAUAUAGACAACUUGUACUGAGGGUAGUAUAAAGCCCACAGCUAUGUUAUAUAAAAUUUUCUUGUACUACUUGUACUGAGGGUAGUAUAUAGCCCACAACUAUGUUAUAGACAACUUGUACUGAGAAUAGUAUAUAGCGCACAGCUAUGUUAUAGACAACUUGCUUGUACUACUUGUACUGAAUUUGGUAUACACUCCACAGCUAUGUUAUAGACAACUUUACUGAGGGUAGUAUAUAGUCCACAGCUAUUCUGUAGACAACUUGAUUGUACUAAAAGUAGUCUACAGUCCAUAGCUGUUAUAGACAACUUGUACUGAAGGUAGUAUACAGUCCAUAGACUGUAGCUGUAGUCCAAAGACAGCUUGUACUGAAGGUAGUGUAUCGUUCUCAGCAAUGUUAUAGACAACUUGUACUGAACGGAAACAAAGCACAGGUAACUGUGACAGCCGCCAGGGUUAACCUUACCUCUAAUCCUGGAAUUUGACCAGCUCAGGAUAAACCUAAUCAGCCAUAACCUAAUCAGAAUAACUUGCAUUUUAAUCAGGUCAGAAUAAACUUCAUUUGAUAUCAGCAAGGAAGAUUGACAUGAGAUUUCAUGGCGCAUUACAGGCCGCUGAGGUCUUUGUGGACUCAAUAAUACCUACACAGGCCAGGUAUUGACUGGGUAGAAAUGUGGGUACAUUAGGCCGUGGUGAUAUUACUGACAGGGGCCUCGGACAGCUGGGUAGUCCCCCAGAUAGUGGUAGUCACCCCCCCCCCCCCCACACACACACACAUACAUGGAGAGAGGCUGUGUAUGUCAUCUUGCAUCCGCCAUCCGUCACCCAAUCAACACCGGCCUUGGUGCCCUAUCCCACCCACCCCCGGAAACCAACUGUCAAGUGUCUCGAGAACUUUCUGCUCUCCGUCGUGGGCUUGACUGUGAGGGAAACUUCAGAUCUGUCGAUUGUGAGAAGUGUUUGGUUCUCGCUAAUUACCCUCCCCCAUCACAACUGUGGCAGCCCCCACUACCCCCGGUCAGCUUGUUGAGCCACUAAUCAUGUCGGCCGUCCUCCAAAAUGAACGCUCUUCAUAACAAAUAUCUGGUUACCAUCACAAACGGUGGUGUCACCAAGACGGACGUCGUCAUAGUGGAUAUCUUCGCACUAAAACCAUUCACACAUGACAUGUCUUCGUCUUGAUACAACUACAGACCGGCUAUCUACAUGAUACAGCAGACCGGCUAUCUACGUGAUACAACUACAGACCGGCGAUCUACGUGAUACAACUACAGACCGGCUAUCUACAUGAUACAGCAGACCGGCUAUCUACGUGAUACAACUACAGACCGGCUAUGUACGUGAUACAACUACAGACCGGCUAUCUACAUGAUACAGCAGACCGGCUAUCUACGUGAUACAACUACAGACCAGCUAUCUACAUGAUACAACAGCAGACCGGCUAUCUACAUGAUACAACUACAGACCGGCUAUCUACGUGAUACAACUACAGACCGGCCAUCUACAUGAUACAGCAGACCGGCUAUCUACGUGAUACAACUACAGACCGGCUAUCUACAUGAUACAGCAGACCGGCUAUCUACGUGAUACAACUACAGACCGGCCAUCUACAUGAUACAGCAGACCGGCUAUCUACGUGAUACAACUACAGACCGGCUAUCUACAUGAUACAACAGUACACUGGCUAUCUACGUGAUAUAACAGCAGACCGGCUAUCUACAUGAUACAACAGUACAUUGGCUAUCUACGUCAUACAACAACAGACCGGCUAUCUACAUGAUACAACAGUACACUGGCUAUCUACAUGAUACAACAACAGACCGGCUAUCUACGUGAUACAACAGUACACUGGCUAUCUACGUGAUACAACAACAGACCGGCCAUCUACAUGAUACAGCAGACCGGCUAUCUACGUGAUACAACUACAGAUCGGCGAUUUACGUGAUACAACUACAGACCGGCGAUCUACGUGAUACAACAACAGACCGGCGAUCUACGCGAUACAAUAACAAACUAGCUUUCUAGGUGAUACAACAGUACACUGGCUAUCUACGUGAUACAACUACAGACCGGCUAUCUACAUGAUACAACAGUACACUGGCUAUCUACGUGAUAUAACAGCAGACCGGCUAUCUACAUGAUACAACAGUACACUGGCUAUCUACGUGAUAUAACAGCAGACCGGCUAUCUACAUGAUACAACAGUACACUGGCUAUCUACGUGAUACAACAACAGACCGGCUAUCUACAUGAUACAACAGUACACUGGCUAUCUACGUGAUAUAACAGCAGACCGGCUAUCUACAUGAUACAACAGUACACUGGCUAUCUACGUGAUACAACAACACACUGGCUAUCUACAUGAUACAACUACAGACCGGCUAUCUACAUGAUACAACAGUACACUGGCUAUCUACGUGAUACAACAGUACACUGGCUAUCUACGUAAUCCAGGAUCCACUCGGCAGUUUGUCAGUCAAAACUGCGACUGUGACUAUCAAUAUCUCUGUAUGUGUGUAUAAAAAUACGAAGAACAAACACUGUAGCAAGCCUUGAAUUUAUUAUUUUUACCAGGGUUAGCCCUAUGAUCACGAGCUUCAUUAGAACAGUUUCACCAGCGUUAGCCCUAUGUUCACAAGCUUCAUUAGAAGGACAGUUAUACCAGGGCUAGCCUUAUGUUCCAGAUUUUGUCCAGAAUGACAUUUGGCAAGUUUUCCGCAGCUUUCUCUGUAUUAGUCAUCAUACUGUCAGCACAAACGACGUCUGCAACCUCCACCGCCAGCUGCAGACAUAUAGAUGCCGCCUUCAGGUGGCGCAGCGUCAACCGCACCUACUUUUUCAGCGGCGACGAAGCCAUCGUGUUCAGCGACUACCACCACGCAGAGGAGGAUGUGGUGCCCGUGACGUCACUGGCACCUAAUUUCCCCUCCGACAUUGAAGCCGCCGUCGGUUGGUUUAAAAAAAACAGAAGUUUUUUCUUCAAAGGUUGCUAUGGCUACAUGUUGAACGAGAAGACGAGAAGACUGAGGCGGCACCGCCUGCGGCGCUACGGUCUGCCGUGUGACGUCGAUGCCGCCGAGCGCCUCAACUCCAGGGUCAUCCGGGUCUUCAAAGGGUGCACUUACUGGCAUUUGCAACGUCAACCCUUCCUUGCUGUUGAGGCUGGCGACAUCCGGGAUCUGGGUUUGCCCUGCCAUGUAGACGCAGCAAUCACGUGGGUAGACGGUAACGUCUACAUCAUCAAAGAUGACCUCAUGUGGACGAUAGCUCGACCGGCCGAGACCAGGCCCCUUGACGAGUGGAAUUUAUGUUCGUGGAAUAUUUGCCCUCGCAACGUGUCGAAUGUAUCCUUGAGAGACCCGGGGGCUGAAGCUAGCGACGUAGCUCUCACGUGCAACGGUGACCCACGGCUGUGCCAUUUGAACUUUGACCAAGUGACGCUGGCCGGGUCACAUAAUGCCGGGUCAGGCUUUGAUGGUGGAUUUGGGCUCUUUUUUGACUGCUGGGCGCGGAAUCAGGGCCUAUCUGUACUUCAACAGCUCCGGCAUGGGAUUCGAUUCCUGGACGUGGACACCAGCUGGCAACACUGCGGGCUCCUUGGAACAUUUCAUAGCUUUUUUUGUGGGGGGCCAGUCUGCAGGAUGCUGAAACAGGUCAAACAGUUUCUGCAAGAAAAUAGACAGGAAAUCGUUGCCAUCAACUUUAACCACGAGAUGCAAGACAUGGACAGAGUUAUGCCAGCUUUACUGCGUCAAGUGACCUCCCAGCUGGGUGUUUAUGUCAACACCGGCUAUCGUGAUGGAGGCACGUGGCCUACCCUGGGGCAGGCUGUUCUAUCCAAUAAACGUCUCUUCGUUUUUAUUGACAAGCGCGUGACGCAGUUUCCGGAGUACGCCACCGCCAAGUGGAUUCAUUCUGAAGACUUGCUGAAGAGUACCUGGCGUUCGGAUACUGCUGUUUCAGAGGGCGAUUGCACGGGAGUGCUGAGGGCCGCCGAUGACCAGUGUCGAUUGAAAGGCCUGGCGCCCAUCUUGGAAGUAUCGGUUCUGGGAUCCUCAACAAUCUGCGUGUCCUCCAUAGCCAAGGCCUGCCACCCGCUGCUUCACCAAGUUUCUCGUGCAUGUGCACACCACAGACAUGCGCAGAACAAAGCGCCCAACGUCUUGCUGGUGGACUAUCCGGAGAUGGCGGCCUCCGACUCGCAGUCAGUGGUGUCAGCAGCUUUUCACCAAAACCUGCGCAAUCUGGUCCAACUGUCAAGCCACGUGUGUCAUGUGUCGGUGGAUGCUGUCAUGUGGGACGGUGACACACAGCGAAACCACCGGGUGUACUUCUUCUCCGGCGACCGAGUGCUCACUUACAACUGGCAGUCCAGCCUACAGGAGUCUGCUGGGUCAAAUACAGAGUUCGCACUUCCUACCCAUAUUGAUGCUGGCUUUCAGUAUCUUAACGGGUCCAUCUGCUUUACUAGAGGAUGUGACGUCAUAUGUCGAGAGACGCUUACAUCCGGUUCUGUGAGUGUCACGAGUCUUAUGGACAUGGGGAUACCUUGCCAUGUGGACGCGGCAUUUAUAAAAGGAGACUUUACUCUUUUCUUUAAAGAAUGCCAGUACUGGAAGUCAUCUCGAAAUGUCUCUGACAUUGGUCCUCGACCGGUCACUGACUUCGGACCAUUGCCCUGCAACCUGACUGCCGCCUUUGUGGACCGGAAUGGUAUUUCGACUUAUUUCUUCAAGGGUGGGAACUAUUGGAACUACACAGAGGAGAGCGGCUUAUCCGGCCCAGCUGAUAUUCUGGACAACUGGUCCCUUGACCUUGUGCACUGUUCCCCUUUCAUUCUUUGACCAGAGCUUGAAAAUCGUUGACGAAUUAAAAAAAUUGAGUAGAACGUGCAUGUACAUGCAUGAAUUUAGCAUAAUUGCACCUCAGUACACAAAAACUCGCAAUCACACUAGUUGGGUCUUCCGGUUAUUAAACCAAAGUGUAUUGCACGAACAAAUGCAAAUUCUACCAUGUAGGAGAAUAGGUAGAGGUAUAUAGGUAUAUUUAUAUAGGUAUAGAGCAGGGGUGGUUAACGUCCGGUCCGCGGGCAGUAUGCAGCCCGGGAAAUCACGUGAUCCGACUCGCCAAGACUCUAACAAGGAAAAUCCAUUACGGAUAGACAGAACACGUACAAGCACAUUACGGGAUAGACACGUGUAACCAGGCCGCCCUGUUGGGAUAGGUAUGCUUCUCGUUGGUUGCCGCCACCUGUAGGGCGACUUUGGAGAAUUAGGUUUGUGACAUCCCCCCCUCUGCCCACAAGCCGAGGAGAAACCACUUCCGGUUUGAUGUUGGCGGAUGAUACACAUAGCGUUCUUCGACCAUGUCGACUCAUAAUAAUAAUAAAUGGUUGUCGACAUCACUGUUUGCCUUACUGUACAUUUCAGGCCUACAAGGGUCCAACAUAAUUCCUUCUUGGAUUUUCGAAGGAUGAGCAAAUGAAAAAGGUUUAGCUCGAAAAAA